AUAUAUAUUACAAAUUAUUUCAGUGAACAUUUAGUUUUAUUGAGCGUGGUUAUAUUUGAAAUAAGAAGCCAUGAAACAGUUAAUUUUGUAAAAAGAACAAAAUGGGUGAUUUACAAAUUCCCCAUUUAAACGAUCCUGGAGAUCAUAAUAAAAGGAAGCAGUAUGACAGUCUAGAUUUCAAAGUCCGAGUUGGAACUUCAUUGGUCAGAUCUGGGACUGAGAGUCAAGCUAUAUUGAUUCAAAAAGAAUUUCAAGAGGAAGAAAAAAUAAAUGACCUCAUAUUCCAAAUAACAAGCAGAAGCAUAUCAAGAAGGACAACUCCUUCAAGUUCUAGAAGGAGUUCAAUUGAUAUAAGUAAUGGGUAUGGUAUACAAGGAGUUGUAGAUGGUAAAAGAGCCGCCAGAUUUCUUCGAAGGCGGAAAGAUCACAGUGCAUUAUUAAGGCAAUGGAAUUCUAAACCGGAAGUUGUUUACGAAGGACACAGAAACCCAGCAGAAGCACUGCAGAAAUUUAGAAAAGUUGCUAGAACUAUCAAACUUCUUUGUGGAAUUCUUAUCACUCUCAAAAGCUAUGUGAAGAAACCAGACACCAGUAAUUGGUCUUUUAUGGAAAUGUACCUGCAUGUUCAGGACACAUUCAAUCACUUGCUGACCUUCAACAAAAACAGUUAUGGUAAGGUGGAACCGCUAAAAGAAAAAUUGAAGACAUUACUGUCAGUAAGCAAACAACAUAGAACAAGACAAGAUGUCCAAACGAUUAUGGGUUUAAUGAGAGACAACCUAUCGUUCCAAGAUUAUCCUGUUCAUAUCCAAAUCAAGUUAGCUAGAUGUAUGCAAUACCAGAGUUAUGAAGCCAGAAGGGUAAUUUUGAAACAAGGACACCCACCAUUAGCAUUCUACAUCAUGCUUUCUGGCGUUGCUAUUGUAAACGCACGUGAUGUUAAUCCUAAAACAGGACAUGCAUUUGUUAAAACAGUCGGCCAGUUAGUUGCAGGCGAUACAUUUGGGGAGAUAGCUUUAAUUGAAGGUGGUCCAAGAACUGCAUCUGUUGUGUGCAAGACAACAUGUGAGUUUCUGGUGGUACAAAAACACGAUUUUGAUGAUGUAAUCAAGGCACCAUUACUUAGGGAAAAAGAAAAUCAUAUAGAAUUUUGCAAAUCAUUACCAUUUUUGAAAGACUUUCCAUGUGAUAUUUUUCGGCAAUCUCCCAAAGAGUUUUUCUUUCAGUAUUUUAAAGAAGACGAUAUAAUAAUAAGAAACAGUGUAUUAAGCAAAUAUAUUGUCAUUGUUAAAUCGGGUAAAUGUAAGCUUGUAAGUGAUUUCACUGAACUGCCAUCAGAUAAAAGACGUGUUGUAUUUGAUCCUGAUUUAGAAGAAGCAUUUCCGUUAUAUACUACUAUGUUGAGGGUAAAAUCCAGAGCACCUGUUCCUAAAUCAGGAUCAACAGAAUCAAUUGCACACAUACAGAUUGGGCUUAUAACCGGUACAGUUGACAAUACUGUACUUGCAGCAAAAGCAGAGAAAUCAAAUAUGAAACUGGCAAGAAGACCAAGUACCGUAUCUUUAGCCAAACGAGGAUCUAUAAGCAAUCUAUUCAAUAAACCACAGAUUGAACGAAAGAACAGCAUGAUAACAAGUCAAUUACUAAGAGAAACCAUUAAGGAACAUCUUCUACUUGAACAAGAGUCAGAAUUAACAAAGAUUGAAGAGAAGCCACGACCAAAAACAACACAAGGGAGACAACAACUAGCUGGUACAAAAAAGGAACAAAGACUAAAUACCAAAGAAAUUAAAACGAAAUCCACUGAUGAUAACCGUACAACUCUUGCCCAGAUAUCACAGUUGAAAAAAGGAGAUGUUUUUGGCUUAGAAUCAUUGGUUUCUAAACCAUCAACAACAUUAAGUUUAGUAAGUGAAGGAGCAGAGUGUAUUUUGAUAUCCAAAAGACUUUUCUUAAGUGAAGCCAGCAUAAAAGUGUUAAGAAUAGUUAAUGAUUUAGUACAAAAUUAUCCAUGUCAUUCCUAUAUUAGAGAUCAGGUAGAUUGCUACCGGAAGUGGGUACAAUAUAAGCACGACAUUGAAGAAGAUAUUCUAACUUCCCAUCAACAGAAAGAUAGAGUGUGGGUUGGAGGUGUUCCAGCAUUAAAAUGUGCUUCUUAAACAAUGUUUUGAAUACUUAUACUAUUUCUUAUUAUUUUAAACAGCUUUAAAUAAAUUCAGUGAAAUGAG